GUUUACACGUCACAAUCCGUCGACGCCGAUAACGAAUCGUAUUCUUGCAUUCGUGUACACUCCACCUCAGCCUUCGCUACUUUCUCUACGAAAAUCUAACCGAAAAAUGGGCUCCGGUAAGCAACAAAAAGUGCAAUCCUCGGGAUUCACCAAGGAGGAGGAGCUGCUGCUGCAGGACUUCAGCCGCAACGUGAGCACCAAGUCUUCGGCGCUUUUCUACGGCAAUGCCUUCAUCGUGUCAGCGGUUCCAAUCUGGCUCUUCUGGCGCAUCCAUAACAUGGAUUUGUGGCCCAGUUCCAUCCUGUUCGUUUUGGUGACGGCGGCUAGCACUUAUCUAAUGGCCACCGCCUACAAGAACAUCAAGUUCCAGCUGAAGCAUAAGAUCGCCGGAAGGAGGGAGGAGGCUGUGACCCGCGAGGUCAACCGCCAGGUGGGCGACGAUAAGAAGGUUACCCGCAAGGAAAAGGAUGAGCGCAUCCUAUGGAAGAAGAACGAGGUGGCUGACUAUGAAGCCACCACCUUCUCCAUCUUCUACAACAACGCCAUCUACUUGGCUGUGAUUAUUUUUAUCAGCUUCUUUAUCCUGAAGAACUCGACGCCGUUCAUCAACUACAUCUUUUCCGUGGGUAUCGCCAGCGGCGCCCUGGCGCUCUUCUCCACCAGCGCCCAGACGAACUAAGUGAAAUCGCCGCCAUGUCAUCCCAUGUUCAUGUACUCGUAAUGUAAGGCCCUUCAAGAGAUUUCCUGGGACAGCUAGCUGGUUCCUUUUCAUCCGUCAGCCCUAUUCCCAUUGGCGUUUCCAGCAAUGCGAGCAUAGAAAUUUUAUAAUAUAAACACCAACUUGUUGUCUUUCUUGUAGAAAGCUGAUAGACUUCCAUAUGCAGAUGAUUUAAUAAAUUGUAAAGGUAAAA